AUGGUGCUUAACAACAGUACCGAUCGAGCAUUAACUCAUGAAGAAAAGAUUACUCGUGCUGAAUGUUAUUGGGCCAUGGCAACAGCACAACUUGGCUUUAGUUAUGAUUCAUCACAAAAUAUUCCUGAAUUAUUUGCGUCAAUGUUUCCUGACAGUAAAGUAGCUGCCGAUUAUGCGAUGAAAGAUCGUAAGCUUUCGUAUGUAGUAUCACAUGGAACUGGUUAUUUUUUUAUUCGUGAACUCAUUAAAGAUGUACUUAAAGCUCCUGCCUACUCGUUACUUUUCGAUGAAACAACUAUUGUUGGAGUACGAAAGCAACUGGACUUACAUAUUCGAUACUGGAGCGAAUACCAGCAGGGUGUCGUAACACGAUAUUGGAAAAGUAUUAUGCUUGGGCAUGCGACUGCUGACAUUAUCAGUCACCAUUUACUCGAUUCAUUGAAAUCUGAUGGGCUGGAUUUGUCUAAACUUCUUCAUUUGGGUGAGUUAAUACUUUCUUUUAUAUACUAUAGACUCAUUUCUGUUGUAACAGGUAGGGAUAAUCCUAAUGUCAAUAAAGCGGUUGAAGCUAUGAUAGAGAAGGAAGUGCGAUCUGCCCAAGAGAAAAAAACAGGAAAUUCAUCAAGCAAAGGUUUACUUCCAAUUGGACCUUGUCCACUUCAUAUUAUUCACAAUGCUUUCAAACGAGGUUUUAGUCAAAACGACUGGCAAAUUGAAGAUAUUUUAUACGACUUUUGGUUUUUUUUCUCUCGAUCAUCAGUUCGGCGUGAAGAUUACUUGAAAGUAGUGGAAACUAUUGGCGUAGGCGUUGGUCGAUUUGUGAAACGCUUCGUGAUCACUCGGUGGAUCGAAGUAGGUCCAGUUAUUGAACGGAUAAUCGAUCAAUGGCCGAUUCUCAUCGAAUAUUUCCUCGUGUAUUUACCAAAGAUUGACAAAAAAAUUAUAAAUAAUGAUAGAUGGAAACGAAUCCAAACUCAACUCGAACAAAAGAAAACACUCGUUCGCUUCCAUUUUAUUCUCUACGUUUAUCGACAUAUAUUCUCAAAACCUCUGACCUGGUUACAACAAAAGCAACCAUUGAUUCAUCUGCUAUUCGAAGAGUGCAGUAAUCUAUUUCGCAAUAUACUGAUAAGUUUUAUUAAAGAUGAUUUAUUGACAAACAAAACUGUAAAACAACUGCUCUCGAUUUCUUUCGAUUCUCAAGCUAAUGAAAAACCAGAUUCGAAACUCGAAAUUGGUGAAAUCACACGCAAUGAACUUCAAGAAAUGCCAACAAAUGAAAAAAUCACAUUUAUGCAAGAUGUUCGCGAUAUUUACAAAACUAUUGCUGUAAGUACCAAUCCUUAA